AUCAGCUCCCUGGCAGGGCUCCCGCGCAUGCCCGGGUCCCUUCUCACACUGUUCUAUCUCACUCCUUCCUAGCAGGUCCCCACGAAUGAGCCGACGCGUGGCAGGCGGGCUCCGGCGGGGGCAGCGAUGGAGAAUAGAGGGCUGGACGGCUCCCAGACAGACCUGAAGCUGGUGGCCCACCCCCGCGCCAAGAGCAAGGUGUGGAAGUAUUUUGGCUUCGACACCAACGCCGAAGGAUGCAUCUUGCAGUGGAAAAAAAUCUACUGUCGGAUCUGCAUGGCCCAGAUCGCCUACUCCGGCAAUACCUCCAAUCUCUCCUACCAUCUGGAAAAGAACCACCCCGAGGAAUUCUGCGAGUUUGUCAAGAGCAACACGGAACAGAUGCGAGAAGCCUUCGCUACCGCCUUCUCCAAGCUGAAGCCCGAGUCUUCCCAGCAGCCGGCGCCCGACGCGCUCACCAUGAAGGCCGGACAUGGCCACGAGAGCAAGAGGCAGCAGGAGCUGACGGCUGCCGUCGUGGGGCUCAUCUGCGAGGGCCUGUACCCGGCCUCCAUCGUGGACGAGCCCACCUUCAAGGCGCUGCUGAAGACGGCCGACCCCAGGUACGAGGUCCCCACAAGGAAGUUCAUCUCCACCAAGGCCAUCCCCGAGAAAUAUGGGGCGGUCCGGGAGGUCAUCCUCAAGGAGCUGGCCGACGCCUCGUGGUGUGGCCUCUCCACGGACAUGUGGCGUAGUCACAACCAGAACCGUGCCUACGUGACGCUGGCUGUCCAUUUUCUGGGUGUCAGUUCCCCUAACUGCCUGUCCGUGGGCUCCAGGUGCCUGAAGACGUUCGAGGUGCCCGAGGAGAACACGGCGGAGACCAUCACGCGGGUCCUGUAUGAGGUCUUCAUCGAGUGGGGCAUCAGUGCCAAGGUCUUUGGGGCCACCACUGACUAUGGCAAGGACAUUGUGAAGGCGUGCUCAUUGCUGGACAUAGCGGUCCAGAUGCCCUGCCUGGGGCAGACCUUCAACGCUGGCAUCCAGCAGGCUUUUCAGCUGCCGAAGCUGGGUGCCCUGCUGUCACGGUGCCGCAAAUUGGUGGAGUACUUUCAGCAGUCCACGGUUGCCAUGUACAUGCUGUAUGAGAAGCAGAAACAGCAGAACAUGGCGCAUUGCAUGCUGGUGAGUGACCGGGUCUUCUGGUGGGGCAGCACCUUGGCCAUGCUGCAGAGGCUCAGGGAGCAGCAGUUUGUCAUUGCUGGCGUGCUGGUGGAGGACAGCAACAACCAUCACCUCAUGCUGGAGGCCACUGAGUGGGCCACGAUCGAGGGGCUGGUGGAACUUCUACAGCCCUUCAAACAAGUGGCAGAGAUGCUGUCCGCCUCCAAAUACCCCACUAUCAGCAUGGUGAAGCCACUUCUGCACAUGUUGCUGAAUACCACACUAAACGUAAAGGAGACAGAUUCUAAGGAGAUCAGCAUGGCCAAAGAGGUGAUUGCCAAGGAGCUGUCCAAGACCUAUCAGGAGACCCCCGAGAUUGACAUGUUCCUGAACGUUGCCACCUUUCUGGAUCCCCGCUACAAGAGGCUGCCUUUCCUCUCCGCUUUUGAGCGGCAGCAGGUGGAGAACCGUGUGGUGGAAGAAGCCAAAGGCCUCCUGGAGAAGGUCAAGGAUGGCAGCUACCGGACACCGGCUGAGGACAAGAUCUUCCCUCUGCCUGAGGAGCCUCCUGUGAAGAAGCUCACACUCGCCUCUACACCUCCUCCAACCAGUGUCAUCAACAACAUGCUGGCUGAAAUCUUCUGCCAGACGGGUGAGUGGGGCUUGGACCAGGAGCAGGUGUUCCCACUGGGGGAUGGCGUCAGCGGUGGCUUCUUUGGUAUUAGGGAUGGCGCCUUCCUGUAGGGUAGAAACAUCUUGUCUUAGGAGUGGUCGCAGGGUAGCCGUUUGGAUGCCCUGCUGUAAAUAUCCACCUGGCUGGCUUGGUGUUGAACUUCAAAGAACAUCCGUGGUCAUUGAAACCAAGAGGAAAAAAUUGGGGGAAGAAAGAAAGAAGUGCAAGAAGAAAGACAACAACUUUGCCUUCUAUCCUUCCCCUGCUUUUGGGCCAUCUCUCUGGGGACCCUCUUGGAGAUUGCAAACUCUGAGUUCUCCCACAGCGCCAAGGCCUGGAGGGAUGUUGUUUCAACUUAGGACAUCCCGUGUAAUUCACCAUUCCAGUCCUCCAUCAGAGAGAAUUCAGAAAAUAAACCCAAGAAGGUUCUAGGUCUUCCCCUAGAACCGGCCAUUCCCCAGCAGCACCACCACCACCGCGGGGUCAUUCAUGAAAUGUGGUCCUGUUUACGUUGGAACGGGAGCAGGAACCUUGCUUCUGGAAACAUUGGAAGAGAUAAAUUUUGCCAAAAUGCCCUUCUUGAAAAGAGAGACAUGUUUUAUGUUUGGGGGGAAAAGUGUGAAUAAUGAACAUAUAAUGUAAGCACUUAUACAAAUGCAAAAAAAAAAAAAAACCCGCCAAAAGUGUUGAACGUGUUAUAUUUUUGGCACCAUGCCGUGAACGAAUCUUUCUCUCCCUUGUGGAAAUUAGUACUUUGUAGGCACAGUCUUUGAAACAGUCACUUAGGGGCAUUGAGGUGGCUUGUUUUUGUAUAUUUGAUCCUGACAGUUGUCCUGGCUUUUUCUUAAGGGGAGGGCGGGGUGGGUGAGAGUCAGCUUGUUUCUUGGAAGUGUUGUUAUUAUAUUGUGUUCAUCCAGCUUUCUUGGUACAGACAGGGUUGUUUCAGGUUGCAUUACAGUGAAGAAUUCCUGAGUUCUUUGUUUGAAUUCAAUACCGUGGGUGCAAUUAAUUAAAUUAAUAAUAAUUAUUAUUAUUCCCGGAUAGUUUUACCUUGGGGGUGGGUGAAAUUAUUAUGCGCUGUGCCCCAUGGUCUAGAGAAGCUGGAUAGUUAUUUUCCAACAGUGAGAACUACUUUUUAAUUUUUGAAGGGAAAAUGCUUUCACUUAGUGACCACCUUGGUCCAAAAAGGCUUGAAGUAUUUGAGUCCCCCGUGCAAUACGAUAAGACUGGUUAGGGCAGUCGGUGUGUAGGGAGGGAUGGCUGUUGGGAAACCACCCCAUUUGGGUCACUGGGAAUAUUCUGCCAGUACCCCCCCCCCGCUCCCCCCACAGCUGACGGGAUUGCCGAGGGAUCCCAGAAGCCCCUGGCAUUUUCACAUCCAGGUGAUGACUUCUGACGUGUGGCUGCAAAGAACACAGAAUUCCAUCCUUAUGUUCUCACGGGCUGUGCAGUUUUAGAGAAAGCUGUUCAACUUGCCUUUUUAAGGGAAAGUUUGGGGGUCCUGUGGGGUGGAAAAUACAGGUCAGUAUUUUCCUCUCUGUGGGUUCUCAUUCUGUGGGGUCACUCCCCUGCCCUUCACCUGUCUCUGAGUCCUUUGCUUUUUUUUUUUUUGUAAACCACCCCAAAGUGUGUAUCACAAGCUUCCUCUGUCCCCUCUUUAAGGGGACAGGUCCCCUCUUGACCGUUUCUCUUAUUUAAUGCUCCUCAGACUGGACUCUUGCCCAAUAAACCAGAGAAAUAAAUUCGCUUCCUACUGUGUGUGUCAA